AUGAUACCGUCGCAUGGCGACUUCACGGUCGGCUGGGUCACUGCUACCAGAAAGGAAUACACUGCAGCUCGACAGGUCCUCGACGAAGAAUACGAGACGACGAACUUCGUGCUUCCUAGAACCGACCGCAAUACCUAUACCUACGGUCGCAUCGGGAAACACUACGUUCUGAUUACAUGCCUCCAGAAUGCACAACAAGGAAUCCAGUCUACCGCCGAUGCAGCAGAUGAUAUGAAAAGCAGUUUCCCCAUGGUACGCGUGCUGCUUAUUGUGGGGAUUGCCAAUGGACUACCGACAGUAACCAACGAUGUUCGCCUGGGCGAUGUUGUGGUGGGGACCGAGAUCAUUCGUUACAAAGUGGCGGAUGCGACCGGGGACACAUUUGAGUAUACCAGCCAUCUUGAGCCAGCUGGUCGAGCUCUGUUUACCGGGACACAAGGAUUAGCCGUGCAGCUAGACGAAGGAUUGGAUUUACAUCAACUACUCGAAGAGACAUUUGUCAAAACCCAGAAAAUUAAGGAUGAUUAUCAGCAGCCCCAUAGUCACCGCGACCAGCUGUUAAAGGCGGACUACGGACAUGCCUUAUCUUGCGAAUGCCUUUCUUCGAGCCCGCUCGACGAAAAUACAAUCAUCGUCCGACCCGAUCGACCUGCAUAUGAUCGAAUCAAGGUCCACAAUGGCAAAAUCGGCUCCACCGACGAACCUUUGAACGAUUCGACGAUAAGGGACCAAGUUGCGAAGGACUUGGGUAUUUUGUGCUCGAAGCAAGGACCGGCCAGUUCGAUAAACAUGUUCCCUUGUCUACAUGUUCGAGGAAUUUGCGAUUAUUCGGACUCACAUGAUUAUGAGGUCUGGAAUGGUUAUGCUGCAGCUGCAGCUUCGGUCUAUACAAAGAAGCUCUUGCAAACAAUGGCAGCUGAAGAAGUCUGGCGAAUGGGCAUCUCAAUCGACACGAAGAACCUGAAAAAGUUUAUAGAGUAUCUCACAUACGAAGUGAACCAGGCCACGAAUAUUUCUGCCCGACUCGCAGAGCAGGAAACAAAAUUCAUGACUACCGCCCGUGCAUUACGCGGAGUCAAAACCGGAGUUGAACUUCUAGUUCAACUAGCACAAGAGACGAUGAGUGGUGGUCAACGACAAUCUAGUGAUCUGCAAGCAAUGAGAGACCGUUGGGAUGGCAUCGCAGCCAGUCAAGCAGAGCUCAAAACGGCGCUUAUUACUCUUGGUGCGCAUAUCAAAUAUCUUCAAAAAUCUGGUUCAUCUAAAGAUACCCGCUCGGAAUGUGACAAAUUGAAUAUACGCGUCCAAACGAGCACGACUGCGCUUCAGGAUCUCAGUACUCUCAUAAAGCCAGUGUUAAUGAGCUUGAUUCAAAUUCGUGAACAGGAGGACAUGACGUUGAGUGAUGUGGCAUCCAUUUCCCCCUCGGAAGGGACCAGAAAGACCAGCAAGCUCGGCGAAUUAAGCACCAAAGCAUUUACGAAGACAGAGCGUCAUGUCUCGAGACAAUCUAUCAGUGACAUAGCGGGAUCAAAGGACGGUGAUGAUUUACCGGUGUCCCCAGAUCUCCAGGGUCAGAACUGGCCGUCUAAGUUCUCGAAUGUCUUUCGAAAAGAAGACAAGUAUAAACAAUACAAUGGCCCAUCUAUCGAGUCAUCGGCCUCUGAGAACGAAAAAUCGAAAAGCAUUGGGAUGAGCUGGAGAUCUUCUAUACAGGCAAUGAAGGGUAAUAAGUCACGAUUGGAUAUAUCGUUUGCUCAGGAGAAGACGUCCCCUGGGACGAAGAAGCCGUCACAAGAUGUCACACCAAAGAACAUUACCCCAAGGCCCGAUAGCCCACAAGAGCUACCAGGUCGUACCAGCUUCGAAGAGUCAUCAACUCCGACUCAGGCAAGAUCGCCAGCACCCCUUCCUACCCGACCACCACUCGUUAGCCCAAGCUCUUCCACAAACUUUACAUUCCCCUCCCUAGAAAAUCUUGGAAAGCUUGGAAGCGACGGUGACAUAUCAGAGCUGGACUUUGAUCCCCGGAAAGAAGUGCUCAAGAGUUUUGAUGACCGGGCGGGCUCUCGUGCUUCAUCCCCAAAGCCCACGUUAAGAGAUAGAUCCCAGUAG